AUGGGCUGCUCAGGCUGCCUGCUGCUGUGGCUUAAAGCAGCGGGAGCCAUUCUCUGCUCCAACUCGGGGUCCCAGGCACCUUUUCUGCCAUCCUUACCUCUGUCGCUGCCAGCUCCUAGCCCCCAAGAUGCGAAUGUCACCACCCCACCUAGUGUCUUAGAGCCAGCUUCUCCCCUAAUUCCCCCAGGCACUGAAGGGCCUUGGCUGUUCUCCUGUGGGGCCAGCGGCCAGCAAGGACCCACACAAACACAGUGCAACAAGGCACACACAGGCAGCAGCGUGGUGGUGACAGCAGGGGCCACCAAGCCUCUGAAAGGCACGCAGCUGUGGCGACAGCCAGCCAACACUGAGUACCUGAUCUCAGCUGACGGAACUGCAGGCAAAGGCGCCAAGAACCACCUGUCGCGGGCGCACGGCGUCUUCGUCUCCGUCGUCUUUUCCCUUGGUCGCGGGGAGCCGCUUCAGGACGCCUGUCCCGGGGGGAGCCGGGAGAGACAGCUUGUCUGCGUCGGAGGGUCCUGGGCCGCUGAGGAGCGCGCGGCGAUGGAGGGGCCUCAGGGUCUCGGGUCGCAGCGCUGGGCGGCCGGCGGGGGUGGCGGGGGCCCAGCAAUCCGCCUUAGCGUCCCGAACUUCUUCCUGGGGGCGCGCGCACACAAGCGCUUCGUGCGGGCCUGGGGGUCCCCAGUCCCUGGGUUCGGCCGGGAGCCCUUUCCCUUACUCCAGGGCCUGAUGCUCCAGGGUCCUCGCUCGACGGCUGGAGGGCGCGCUCCCGAACGCGCCGCUGCCCCAGAGCCGCGCGCCGGCGAGCGGGAGCCGCUGCUGGGGGCGAUCCAUGGAGAAGUAGAGAUCCGACUGCACCUCAAUUGUAGUCAUUGCCUUUUGAAAGACUGCCAAUGGCAGGCAGAGCUCUGGUUAGCCAAAUGCACGUGCCCAGAGGACAUGGAGCUAGCUACAGAUAUCACUUGCAUGGGUAACCACCCAGGUGCCCAGAUAUGUAUCUAGAUUGUCAUUGUGACCUCUACACUGAGCCUCCUUAUGGUGUGUGGGGUCCUGAUUCUGGGUAAGGAACAUCCAUGGCAGGGCCUGUGGGGGAUGAGACUGCCAGGCCCGGAGCUUGAGCUCUUAACCUCCACCAUCAAGACAGCCCUCAGCCCUUACUACUGCCAGGUGGGGUUUGGCUGGGCCUGGCCCUGGCCUCUGCCCCCAGGGCUUACAGAAUUUCCCCCAGCCAAUGUCACUCUGCUCAGAGCCUUGGGCCACGGUGCCUUUGGAGAAGUCUAUGAGGGAUUGGUAAUUGGCCUUCCUGGGGACCCUAGCCCCCUACAGGUGGCUGUCAAGACCCUGCCAGAACUCUUGGAUUUCCUCGUGGAGGUGCUCAUCAUCAGCAAGUUCAGCCAUCAGAACAUUGUGCGCUGUGUGGGGCUCAGCCUCCGGACUGCCCCUUGCCUAAUUCUGCUCAAGUUGGUGUCUGGAGGGGGCAUGAAGAGUUACCUGAGAAACAGCCUGCCACACUUGGGCCAGCCAUCACCUCUGGCCAUGAGGGAUGUGCUCCAUCUGACCUAAGACAUAGCCCAGGGCUGCCCCUCCCUGGAGGAAAAUCACUUCAUCCAUUGGGAGAACAUUGCUGCCAGGAACUGCCCUCUGAGCUGUACUGGGCCCAGCCGAGUGGCCAAGAUUGGGGACUGUGGGGUGGCAAGAGGUAUCUAUAGAGCCAGCUGUUACGGCAAGCGGGGCUGGGCUCUGGUGGGGGGAAGGUGGAUGCCCCCAGAGGCCUUCUUGGAGGCUUCAUUCAGUUUCCCCCACUCGUGAUGCAGGUCUUUUGGGGUGCUGCUCUGGGAGAUCUUCUCAUUAGGCUUCUGCCUAAUUACGCCCUGCCCUGGGAGCACCAACCAGGAUGUGCUGUACUUUGUCAUUGGAGGGGGACAGAUGGGUCCUCCCAGGGGCUGUGUGAGUAUGGAGUACCAUAUCAUGACCCUGUGUUGGCAGCACCAGCCUGAACUCCGCCCUAGUUUUGCUGGCAUCUUGGAACAUCUUCCAUACUGCAUUCAGGACCCUAAUGUGCUGAAUUCACCCCUGCCAAUGGAGCUGGGGCCACUGGAGCAGGAAGGAACUUCUGGGCUGGGAAGCAGGUCUUUGGAGGGCCUAAGAUCCCCACAGUCCCAGGAACAGAAUCUGGAGAGCUUAAAGAACUGGGGAGGGAGCCUCCUUGGCCCCUGGCUGCCCUCUAGUCUCAAAACCCCCAAAUCCAAGGACUUCCAACCUCAGGGGGGAUUCCAGAGGAAUCCAAAGGAAUCCCCCCUAUGGCUCUUGGGCCCCAAGGGGCCCUGA